ACAUAUAUAUACAAGUGUUUUGUUAUCAAGCUUAAAAUCAGAAAUCGAUUUAGCAAAAUCAACUCUGCGAAAAGCUUGCGUCUACCUAAAGCUGCCCAAAGCUUCCUUAUCACUAUUGAUUAAAUUUUCGCCCAAAAGCUUGAACAUUAGAGUAAGUGCUGGGGUACAACACCUCAGCCUCAAUUAGUGCAAUAUAAAAUACGCUUUUAGUCACAAUGUAAAGCAAAACAAAGCGGAUCUCAGCACACGAAACAACACCUGCAUGCCAGCGUCCAUUAGCACUCGAAAAAUCAAUGAAUGACAACAACGCUCGGUCACAAGAUUCACUGUCGCCGUCGUCGUCCAUCGAAUAGCCAAGCGACCACAUCCACACAAGGCUUAAAACCUUUCCAGAACUCGAACGUUGCCCCACACCGCACAUGCUUGUCCCAGUGUAAACUUCUAUGCUCCGGAUCAGAGGGUCAUCAUAAACUGGCAAUCAAUUAGGUGGCACUCCAACGACCACAAUCACCACAAUUUUUGGGUCUAGCUACACUUGACCCCCCAACGAUGGCCGAGGGUGACUACAAAGAGCAUGUGGAGCGAACUGAGCUUCCGGCUCCCAUGAUUUCCCGCAAGGAAGUCAGCAUUUGGGCUAUUCUGAAGAACUGCAUUGGCAAGGACCUGAGCAAAAUCACCAUGCCAGUCAUGCUCAAUGAGCCGCUGAGCUUCCUCCAGCGACUCUGUGAAUACAUGGAGUACGCCGAACUAUUGACCGAGGCAGCGCAGCAGGAAUUGCCGGCGGAUCGGAUGAAAUACGUUGCGGCCUUUGCCGUAUCAGCACUAGCCUCGAACUGGGAGCGACUUGGCAAGCCGUUCAAUCCGCUUCUUGGAGAAACCUAUGAGCUACAGCGGGGCGAUUACCGCAUCGUUUGUGAGCAGGUUUCCCACCAUCCACCAGUAUCAGCAUUUCAUGCCGAGUCCAAGGACUUUAAGUUCCAUGGCACCAUUAAUCCCAAAAUCAAGUUCUGGGGCAAGAGCGUUGAGGUUAAUCCAAAAGGAACCGUCACCAUUGAGUUUCCCAAAUGGAAUGAAACCUAUAGUUGGACCAAUGUGAACUGCUGUGUCCACAACAUAAUCGUGGGCAGACUGUGGAUAGAGCAGUAUGGAAAAAUGGAGAUCACAAAUCAUUCCACCGGUCAUGUGGCUAGCCUCACCUUCAAGUCAGCCGGAUCUGGAGCCAAGAACUUGCAUCGCGUUGAGGGAUUCGUUCGAGACUCAAGUGACACCAAUCUAUUCUUUCUGUAUGGCAAAUGGACCGAGUUCAUUAAGUGCUGCUCUGCCGAUUCCUAUAAGCAGUACUUGAAGCAGGGAACCCGGAAGACCGAUGACUUCGAUCCCAAUGGGUCGCCGAAUGGAACGCCAAGGAAAAUGUUCUCGAAAUUAAAUAGCUUCAAGCUGAACUCCUUCCGCAGCCUGUCUAUCCAAGACAACGAUAGCUAUCCGCCCAUGGAGCAGGAGGGCGACAUACCAAAGAGUGAUUCUGCAUAUUCAAUUGAUAUUCCGGACUCCACCACCUUGUGGAGCUGUAAGCCCAGACCUUCCAACUGUAACGAGUAUUACCAGUUUACGCAUUUCGCGCUUCAGCUAAACGCUAUGGAUAAUAAUAUGAAACCACCGCUAACUCUAUGCCCUACCGAUUCGCGACUGCGACCUGAUAUAUUAUACCUAGAAGAUGGAAACUUGGAUGGUGCGUCCAAGGAGAAGACUCGCCUCGAAGAGAAGCAAAGGCAUACACGAAAACAAAGGAAAUCCGCCAACAGUGAUGACUGGACACCGAAAUGGUUUAAGUACGUUAUAAAUCCCCAUACCAAGACCGAGGACUGGCUGUAUAGUGGAGGCUAUUGGGACCGCAAAUACGAGAACACCGAUACGAUAUUUUAGAUACAUUUUGUAGAACGCUUAUAUGCUUACGGUACAUAGAUAUAUUUGUAUAAAGUUUGCGAGUUGUUUAAACUUAGGAGUCGUUACUAAUAACUGGAUAAUUGUACAUAGUACGAAACUGUACUAAUGAUUGGAAACCAUAACACUCUCCAUAUCUAUUCGAUACGAUGUUUAAUAAGGAAGAUUGCCAGUCAUGACACUAAUUGUUUUACCAUUACAAAGUUGUGCUUAAGAUUGACAAGUCUUGUCAACUUUUUUUUUAGGAAGAAACUAACCUAGAGAUUGCCAGCCAUAACUAUCCAUUUCAAGGGAACAGUUUUCUUAGAUGAUGAUGGGUAAGAAACCGAUAAAACUCUCCAUAACGAAAUUACUAAGGGUUGUCCAAGACUUUACUAAUGACUGGUAAUCAUUACUCUCCAGAACUAUUCUAAAUCAAUUGCUCACCACAACUCUCAAUUUUCUUCCGUUCGAUAAAAUACAAAACGUUUCUCCAUUAAGAUACUUUCAUAUAGGUUUCCAAUUAUUACUGCCAAUUUCGUUUCUAUUUUAGAAUGAAACUGCUUAAAAAUGA